AUGACUUCAUCCGACCUCGGACGAGGAGUCGGGUCGCUCGAUAGGGAAGGCGGUGGCCUUUACUGCCGCGCCCGCCCGCCCUUUUCGUCUUUUUUUAUAUAUCGCAACCUCGCUUCUUCUCUCUUCCUCCAUCUUCACUUCCACACAUCCCCAUACACAUACACACAAGAGACACAAAACACGCGAUAUCAAGUACAGAUAUCACUGAACAAGCCCCCAGACGUAACCAUACGCGCCUACACUGAACUCGAUCUUCUCUCAGACCUGCAAGAUGGCCUUCUAGACGCUGGCUCAAGCUCGCCCGGUCUCUCUUCUCAAGAGACAUCCAAGUUGGAUUCCCACGCCUAUACCCUUUUCGCUUCCUCAACCGCCCCUUCAGAGCCUCCUAACGGACCUCUGAACGCAUCUCCCGAUUUGUCUCGUGCAAACGCCGCGUUCUCAACAACCUUCACCAUUCCCCAGUUCGACUCCACGUCGUUCACCACGGAUAACCAACGCCCAUCAUGGCCUACCCAACCCCAGCCCUCUCAGCCUCCGGCUUCAAACAAUCACCAGUCAAGCUACAACGACAGCGGCAAUAUCCUCUCGCCAGACUUCCUGCUCUUUCCGACAGAUCCGCAGCCUCCCCAGACAGCACAGCCCAAGAGUUGGCCUGCGAGAGAAGCCUACUUGAACUCGACUUUGACUACCCAUAGAUCGCGCGCCGCGACUGCUGCCUUGCCUAGACGUCUUGUGAACAGCAACAAUCAGGCAGCCACUUAUUCGCCUAUCGCACAUUCUCGUGUUCGUUCUAUUGCACAUUCUCCUCGCCCACCAGUGCCGUUGUUCUCGAAUCAGCAGUAUCCGUCUCAGACUCGUCCGCAGCAGCGUCCUCGCGUUAUGUCGACCCCAAAUAUGUCGGGGGAUGUUGGUGACCUCCUUGACUUCACCUCCUUUGAUAUGACCAACGAAGAAAUCAUCAACAUGGAAAUGCAAUCCUACACUCCCAACCUCAGGGAGGCGCCAAAGACAGUUUCUCCCCAGGAACUGAUGUUGGAUGCCUCCUGCCCACCUUCCACCUCCUUCACCGACCUAAGCACGCCCUCCUUCGAGUCUCCUGGAACCUUCAGCCAUGAUACAUCCCCUCUCUUCGAGAACUUGGACGAUAACCUGCCAGGCCACGAGGGAUGGACUUCACUCUUCCCUGGUGACGCAAUGCAUCUCCCGGAAGAAGUCGUCGAAACUCCAGCCUUUGUCGCAACUCAACCCACACCUCUGCCCAAACAACAAGUCUUUGCUUCGCCUGCCACCCGUGCCGAAAACUUUCCAAAAGAAUCACCUCGUCUCAACGCUCGUCCGGUUUCGUCCCGUCACUCAUCUGUGUCUGGAGUCUCCAAGCGAGUUCGCGAGAAAGCCGCCCUGCCACCAAUCACUGUCGAUCCAACUGAUCCCGUUGCAGUCAAGAGGGCCAGAAAUACUGAGGCAGCCAGAAAGUCCAGAGCACGAAAAGUAGAGAUGCAAGAGUCGCUUGAACGCCGAAUUGCAGAGUUGGAGAGCGAGUUGGAGCGAGCCAAGGCGGAAACCGAGCACUGGAAGGGUGUUGCUGGUGCUAGCUGA